AAACUGAACUCUUGGAAUGGCAUGGCACUUGACCUUUCCCGGUUUCACCAGCAGUAUUUAAACUGGUGCAAAGGCAAUGCUCUUGCAAGUGUCUUCUGUUGACAUGACAGAUUCUCUUGCUAGUUCACACCAUGUUCAGGAGGCAUAAGUCCCUGGCUUCGGAUCGCAGGAGAGAAGUAUUUUCUCGAGGGGCUGCACGGUCCCUAUUGAAGAAUGACCUGAGAAACUUUCAGUGUUUGUCUCAACUUGUGCUCUCAGCGGGCCCUCUGAAAUCAAUUCCAGUAGUUAAACAUUCAAAAACUGUGCACUUUGAGAUUGAAAUACUUGAUGCUCAAACCAGAAAGCAGAUAUGCAUUGUGGAUAAGGUGGUGCAAACAUCUACUAUUCAUGAUGUUAAACAAAAAUUCCAUAAAGCAUGUCCAAACUGGUAUCCUUCCCGAGUUGGCCUGCAACUAGAACAAGGUGGGCCUUUUUUGAAGGACUACAUAACCGUUCAAAGCAUUGCAGCUUCCUCCAUUGUCACUCUCUAUUUUACAGACCUAGGUCGACAAGUCCGUUGGAUUACAAUAUUUUUGGCUGAAUAUACAGGACCUCUGCUGAUUUAUCUCCUCUUUUAUUUGAGGAUCCCAUACAUAUAUGACAUGAAAGAGAGUUCUAGAAGAUUACGCCACCCAGUGGUACACUUGGCUUGCUUCUGUCAUUGUAUACACUAUAUCCGAUAUCUUUUGGAAACCUUAUUUGUUCAUAAAGUUUCUGCAGGACAUACAUCUUUGAAAAAUUUGAUAAAGGGCUGUGCCUUUUAUUGGGGAUUUACUUCUUGGAUUGCAUACUAUAUUAAUCAUCCACGGUAUACACCGCCAUCAUUUGGUAACCGCCAAGUCACAGUAUCUGCUAUCAAUUUUUUGAUUUGUGAAGCUGGAAAUCAUUUCAUCAAUGUGAUCUUGGCUCAUCCCAAUCAUACAGGAAUUAAUGCCUGUUUUCCAAGUCCAAAUUAUAACCCCUUCACAUGGAUGUUUUUCCUGGUUUCAUGUCCUAACUACACCUAUGAGAUUGGAUCAUGGAUUAGUUUCACAGUCAUGACACAAACACUGCCAGUUGGGGUUUUUACACUUCUGAUGAGUAUCCAGAUGUCUCUGUGGGCACAAAAGAAACAUAAGGUUUAUUUGAAGAAAUUCAAUUCUUAUAUGCAUAGGAAGUCAGCAAUGAUUCCAUUCAUACUGUAGGAAAAAUGUGUAGAAAAACAGUCUAUAAACCCACUAAGUAAGACUUAGUCAAUGGUUGACUAUAAUGUAACAGAAUUUCAAAAAUAACAGUACUUUUUACUGAGUAAAAAUUAAUAUUAGAAUUUAGAUAAAUUUAGAAUAAUAAACUUAAGGCAAAUAAAAAGUAGAAACUAUAGGUAUAAUUAAUAAAAAAUAAAAUCCAAUAUAUUUUUAAAGGAUUGGUACUUGAACAAGAUUUUCUUACUUUAUUAAAUAUUUCAUAAUACUAUUUGCUUAAGACAAGUAAAAUACCUGAAUGCCUAAGUAAAAAAUUGUGACAUUUAAGUCACUUAAAUUGCAUACAUUUUAAUAGUAAUUAUUACUUACUUUAUUGUUCAACAUUGAGAAGUAUAUUUCAAUUUCUUGUGAAAAUUCUACCUAUAUUAAAAGUGAAACAUGUAAUUUCUUGUGUCAUAUUUAUUUAUUCAUACGUACAUUGUAUGUUGCAAUUACAAAAUUAAAAGAAUUAAAAAUAUUUUCUAGACAUUAUUCAUAAUUUGAAUAUAUACUGCAUAUAAACAUAUUUAUAUUUACAUAAAAAUCAUGUAUUUAUAUAAAUAUAUAUUGAAAUAUGUAUAUUUCAAAUUGAUUAUAUGUGAUGAUAGAAUAUAUUGGAGAUUUUUGGGGAUUAAGAGUGGAAAUAUUUUUUGCUUUACUUUACAUAUUUUAAUUCCUUUGUCCUCUCAAAGCUUGUUUGCAUAUGUGUGUGUGUGUAUGUGAAAACGCAUAUAUAUUUUGACAAAGAGAUAUCAUGAAAGUCUGAUAUCAUGAAAGUCAAGAACACAUUAGUUAAACAUUUAAAAGAAAUUCUGGAGACGCCUGGAAUGGCUCAGCGGCUGAAUGUCUGCCUUUGGCCCAGGGCGUGGUCCUGGAAUCCCAGGAUGGAGGUCCACAUCAGGCUCCCCGCAUGGGGCCUGCUUCUCCCUCUGCCUGUGUCUCUGCCCCUCUCUCUCAAUCUCUCUCUCUCUCUCUCUCUCUGUGUCUCUCAUGAAUAAAUAAAUAAAAUCAUAAAAAAAAAGAAAUUUUGGGGUGCCUGAGUGACUCCGUCUGUUAAAUGUCUGCCUUUGGCUCAGGUCAUGAUCCCAGAGUCCUGAGAUAGAGGCCUGCAUCAGGCUCUGAGCUUCAUCAGGAGCCUGCUUCUCCCUGCUU